AUAGAGCAGGGUUUCCAUGCCCUUCGAAUUUGAUCAUUUCCCAAUCGUCGAACGUCAUGGUCUUCGAUCCCGAGCUUCAUUUAUGGAGCUGAAGGUACGCUUCAUCCCCUUCUCGUUUCCCUUUUGUUGAGCUGGGUUCUUUAAGACGAUCCGUACGGCUCCUGGGGAUUCGCAAUCCCUUUCUUCUUAGCUGGUUUCGAGCUUUUGAAUUGGUCCCACCCCGAAUCAUCAUCGGUGCUUCGCGAGUCGGCGGUGGGGUUCGAUUCAGAUCGCGCGUGCGCGGGGGUUUUCGCUGCGCGGUCGAUGAUCUCUCGGAUUUUUGCUAGAAUUUUUGGGCCAUGAGCUGGAAUGAUAGUUUGUUUUUCUCGAUUUUGAUCUGUUUGGGAAUUCCGGGGAGUUGGGUUUCGGGGAAUUGGUGAGCUUCGGGGAUGGAUUCGCGCGGAGAGUGCUCGACCCUCGAAUCUCCGGAUGAUUGCGAAGCUUCCCCGGAAAGAGGGUCUCGUUCGGAUCGCAGCGACGUUAGGAAUAAUGGGUCCUGCGACAACAUUGAUUUAGAUGACUCGGGCACGGAUGAGAAUUUCGAUGCCGGCGCGAUGGCUCCUGAUUCGAUCGAGAAACGCAAACAAAUCGCGGAACCGGAUGCUUCGCCGCCCUCGACCGCUCAGUCUCCUAGUGGAGUGACUCCCUCGGCGAGAAAAGGUUACGGAUUGAAGAAAUGGAGAAGGAUCAGGAGAGACUUUGUCAAGGAUGGGGGUGCUCAUUUAGAUUCUAGUAAGAUUUUGAAGCGAGGUUUAAAUGGUGUAGGAAACCAAAACAGUUCUUCGCGUUUUUCUGCUGAACGGGUUUCUGUCGAGGUUAUGAAAGAUAGUGAGGGUUCGGUCGGAUCGACAAGUAUGACUAGAAACCUGGGUCAUGCUGAUGGCCCUGCAGCGCAUGCUUCUACUUUGGAAUCCAAUUUUGCAGCUGCACCUGUUUUUACGGCUGGUGCUGAUUCUGACAACAGUGAGGAUCGAAGCAGCAAAUCAUCUACAGCUGCUAGUGCUCCAAAGGCUAAACAUGACUUCAGUGGGGCCUUUGGGUAUGUCCGGGAAAGGAACAGAAUGAAGAAUCUGAUUGGGAAGAGUCAAGGUGGUUCAUCUCAAGAUGCUCAACAGAAUAAGGGUCGAAUUGAAAUCAGUAAGAAGCCUAGAGGAGAAAGGGUCAAAAUCCAGAAGGAAAACUCUCAUUCCAGCGUGGAAUCUGACUUAAGAAGCUCAAGCUCUGUUUUUAUGCAGGGUGCUUAUGCCAGUAAUGGUAAGAAGAGUGGAACGGCAAUGAACUAUUACUCAGCAAAUAGUGAUGAAGCCCACAUGGGGGAUCACUUCAGUGAGGAAGUUCAGACUGGUUACCCCGCUGAAAAUGUUGGGGAAGCUGAGGAUUUCUCACAAGAUGAUUCAGCUGUGGACUUGUCUUGGGAGGCUGGGGAGGAGAAACGGGAGAGCAAUCGGUCCUCUGCAGAUCAUAAUUCUUUAAUUGAGUCUAUCAAUGCCCUACAAUCUCUACAGGAAGCACUUGAACAAGAAGUUCAGAAGUUCUCAGAGAUAGGUAGGGACCCUAUUUUAGCAAGCAAUGGCUCCUCUAAUGGUGGCACUGUCCUUCAAGAGCAGUCUGACUUGAAGCAGACCAGCCAGAAUGCUUCAGGUUUAUUAGAAAUCCAGAUACUGAGCUUGACAGAGAAUGUGGAACUCUUAGAGGCCAAAUUGGAGGAAACCAAGGCUGAGCUCAAGGUGAAGGAAUCUAGGGUUUCUGAGCUAGAAGAUUCUAUCAACAGUCGCAAGUCAGUGAAGGAAGAACCGGAAAGCAACUUGGAAUUGCAGCAAGAAGAAUGCAGGGAGAUGGAGACGGAGCUCGAGUGUCUCUUCAAGCAAAAGAUUGAAGCUGAGGUGGAGUACCUGGCGAUAGCUAGGACAAUACAGAAGCUGAAGGUCGAUGCACAGAGUGAACUAAUGCUCUUAAACGAGGGAGAUGAUCAGCGUGCAAGUGAAAGUGAAGCAGAAAGCAAAGCUGCUGUGCUAAAGAAGCAAGCGGAGGAUCUAGUGAAAGCAUGUGAAGACAUCGAAGUUGUUGGAGAAGUUUGGAAGUUGCAGAGGGGAGCGUGCAAGGUGUCCUCUUGUUUCGUUAUACAGCUAGUUUUGUUUGUGCUGGUCUUUUGGUGGUUCAUCGUGCAGAUCUCGCCCCAAGCCGGGGAGGUUGUUCCAACUUGAACUUAAAGUUUGAAGCCCUCGUGUAUCUUAAGCAUUCAUAUGGAAGUUCCAUAACUCCAAAUUUUGUUUUUUUAGUAUUUAGCUUGUCGAGUUUAUUCAUCCUUUCCCGCGCAUGUCGCUUUCUUUUAUUUUUUUUUGCUUUUAGGUUCUUUUUCCUUUUUUUCUGUAAUUCGCCAGUUGGGCAGUGUUAUGGGAGGGCGUAGGAGGUGGGUAAGGUGCUCCUGAGCUUAUGGUCGAUGUCAGUUUCUGUACAUUGCAAUUUCUGAUCGAUAUCAAGAUUUUUAGAUUUUUGGAUUCUCA